AAUUUUACAGAAAUUAUGCCCAAGCAACCGUCGUUUGUGUCGCGCAACCUGGUUACCAUUGUGAUGGUGCCUAGCCUGAUUGGCAUUCAUCUCGGCUGGGGCUAUAUGCAGAAUAACCGCAAACUGGUCACAGAGUCGGAGCAAAUCGACCUCCCGCCGGUCACGUUCGCCAGAUUCGUUUGGAACAAGAUUGCAGGUGGCGGAGACCAGACUACGGCGGAGACGCAGCAGAGCAGCAGCGCGAAAUGAGACAAUAAGAGGGGGGUGAGAUGGCUGUGGAUCUUAAAACAUACAAUCUAUUUAUUGUAUAUAAUUAAUUAAAACUACACACGAACGGUAUGAUACAAUGAACUGCUGCUGGCCACAAAAGUGGCCAAUAUCGGAAGAAAAAAACAGAAUGUGACGUUAAAUAAAGGGUUUCUAUCGAACUUUGUUUCCUAACCUA